AGAGGUGAAAUUAGUAGACAGCUGCAAUGGUAGAAAUGAGAGUAUAAUGAGAGGUUAUGGUAGAAUUUCAGUUCAAUUUUAUUGUAUUAUUAUAGCACCGAUUUUCCAUCGCCAUGAAUUACCCAAAUUGGGCUGAAAUUCAGCAAAACCAAAACCCUAACCCUAAUCCUGAAUUCUCAGUGCUGCACGCCCCCAAUCACUCACUGCCUUACUCUCAAAAUCUAGCCCCCAAUCCCUACCAACAAUCGAAUCUCGUCCCCGGUCCCUACCAACAAUCAAAUGUCGCUUCCCAUACUGGUUAUUUUCUGCCUCCUCAGCCUCACCCGCCGGGCGUUGAUCCGCCGGCGCCCGUGAUCUACGCGCCGCCAGCAGCAGUGACCUACGCGCCGCCUGUCAACUACGUGCCGCAACCGAGUUACGAGGCUCAGCAGGUUGCAGAUGCGGCUGCGGCUCCGGCUGUUUAUUAUCCGGAUCAAAAUGCGAGAUGGAUAGCUGCUAUCCAGCAAUAUGGUGCGACUCCAUAUGCCGCUGGUGUAAGCACGCCUAAUCCAGCAAUUCAAGUACAAAGAGGACAAAUCAGGAAAAAAGCCCCUAAGAAGACGACGACGGUCGUGCAGUCUGCUUGGUGUGAGGUGUGCAAAGUCGACUGUAACAGCAAAGGUGUUCUUGACCAGCAUAAAUUGGGGAGGAAGCACCUCAAAAAUCUUAAAAAAUUAGGAGCAGCAGCUCAAACUAUAUACGCACCUGUCAUAGCAGCCCCCAUCUCCGCAAUUACUAGCACUGCAGGCCCUCCUCCUGCCACUAUAGCUACUACCACAUCUCUGCCUGUCCCAGCACCAGCUCCGGCUCCCGUUUCCAGUCACGUUCUACCUUCAACUUCUACAGGUGAACCAAUCAUCGGACCACCAGAGAAUCCAGCAAUAACCAAACCCACAAAAUCUCGGAAGAAAGCAGUUGCUCGAACUGAAGAUCUGGAAACAAAAAGAAGGAAAGUUUUGGAAGGAGGAGCGGAAGCUACUGCCGUGCGUGCAUGCAACAUAUGCAACGUGAUCUGCAACAGCGACACGGUUUUCAACUAUCACAUUGCUGGUCAGAAACAUGCUUCAAUGGCCAAGAAGCAUGGCUUGGGAGCUGGAGUUGGUGCUUCUGCCACCUGAGGUAGCUUGGUUUAGCCUCUGAAGAUCUGUUUGAUGAACUAAUUUAAUUGUACAUACCAUUUUCUCAUUCGAAUCGUAGCUCUUGAUUAUUCAUAGACUACAGUCGAUUUUAGGAUUUGUUCCUCAAUUUUGAAUCGAACAAAUUCUCACUUCCUUUCUCCACUCUGUACGAUUAGCCGAAAUAUUAUUAAUAUAGAGAUGCUUUGUUUUCCAAA